UAAACAACAUAGUCGAACCAACGUGGUAACCUCUACAUAUUCGCUCGAUCUUUUGAGAAUAACAGCUAAAUCUCCUUCAAAUCAGAUCCUAAUCUUAAACAGGAAGGACAUGCUGAAUACUGUAGUUUUGAAUACAUACAAGGUCUGAAUAAAACACGGGAUAGUCACAGUUGGAAUACCUUUCUUUGAUCAUAGGUUUGAUCACGCAGAACUGACCUGGGGCUAAACAACAAAAGCAUGUGAUUCUUAGUUUAAAUUGAAUAACGUUCGAUGAAAAUCGAAUCCCGCAUCUCUUAACUGUCAGCCACUAGAGAAGUGAAAUUGUUUACAUACUGUAUAUCGAUUAAUUUAUAUAAAAGUACACAUAAUGUGUGUGUAAGUGUGUAAGAUUCCGCGGUUUUAGAACACAUUAGCGAAUAUUUGGUCCCGUUUGAAGGAGGUCGGUUGAAUGAACGACUGUCAAAGCCCGAAAUAUGUGUAUUAGUAGCAGCGAUAGUAGCUGCAUCAUUGGUAGCAACAGAUUACUCAGCUGCAGCAACAGUUGGAGGGGUAGAGAGUUCGAGAGGGAGAUGGUGACGAUGAUUUAUGUUGAUGUUCGACACUUUUUAACUUGUCACUUCGUUUUUCUCCUCCGCUUCAGCAUUCUCUAACAUAAUACUCUCCGUCCGCCCUCUUCUCUCUUACUUGCGCACGAAUUGCGGCUCCUCUGAUGAUGGCUUGCUCUGUUGCAGUCCCUCGCUGUAACUUUCAAUAAUGCAUUCAGUAAUGAUUACAGAGUGUAGGUGUCCAGGGACAUAUAUUACAACAACAACAAUGAAUGGAUCGGCAACAAUCAAAAUAACAAUGAAGUGAAUAGGGAGGAGCUACGCACAGGAGGUUGGGUGCGAUGAUGUGGUAAGGGUAAGAACAGAAAGAAAUAGGGGGAAAGUAAAGAGAUUGACGGGGAAAGUGUAAACGAAAGAAAAAGAAAAUGUAAAGAGCGAAAGAGUAAGUUGUGACUGAUGGGAAAGAAAGCGAGAAAAACAAAAGACCAUAGUUUGCAAGGGCUGGGUUUUCGUGUAAAGCAUGAAAGGAAAUAAGAAAGGAAAGUGAUGCUGAGAAAGAAGAGAGUAAGAGAGAGAAUGGAAGAUGAAGAAAAGGUGGCAGAUAAGGUGAAGAAAAGGGAACGAAAAUAUUAUCCCUUAAUAUGUGAAUUUUGAUUAAAUAUCUUCAUAUGAAAGAGAAUAUUAAGAUAACGGUAUUCCGAACGAAUUCGACUCAUGCUUAAAACACCAGUAACUAGAACCUGUUUCACUUUCCAUGUUAGUUUCUUGUACUAACAUGUUAAAAUAAAAGACAAUUAAUUAAAAAAAAAAAAAAACAUCUACACCCCCAGCUCUAUAAACGUGGGAAUGAGUUUUCAAAGAUUUGAAAAUAAGUUAAAUUCGACCGCGCAAACUUUGGAUUACUCUUAUCAUUUCUUGCAGGUAUUUAUAAAAUGAAACAACUAGAAGAAGCCCUAUCAACAGCGAAUGUGUUUCCCCCUUUCUCAUUUAUUUAUCAAUUUUCGCAUGUUUAUAUCUAUUUCUACAGAUAAAUAAUAACAUACACUCCUCACUUUAUGCCGCAGUUUCAUAUGCUUACCGCCGCACGGAUGAAACAUCUUUUUCUCAGCGUCUUAAAGCUUCUCGCACGUGUGAAUUUUGAUACAUACCGACUACACUGGAGCGAUAAUAUCUUCGGUUAAACACUUUCAUUGAAAACAGAAAGUUAGUGAUAAAGCCAACGUGGAACAUAUUUAAAUCAAUACCAACUUUUUUUGUUUGUUUUUAACGACAAAUUUUACUGUUGCUGGAGAUGUCAACACUCGGACAAUACUCCGUUGUUUCACUUAAAUGUGAUCGCUUCAUUCGUCAGCUGUAUGCUGUCAGCUGGUUUGUGAUGAUGUUUCGAACUGUAUCUUUCUUGUGAUUUACAAACUCAAAUUGUCAUUUUUGCUUACAAAAAAAAAAAAAAAAAAAAAAAAAGAAAGAAAACCUGCGAAAAACCGAAAACAAAAUAAAUACCCCUUUCCCGGCUAGCCGCUUUCUUUUAUAUCAUGUAAUGUGUCUCCAAUGAUCCCACUUCAUUCACGUAUAUAUUAUAUCUAGUUUUAGUGGCAAUUUGACAAACCUAUUAGUAUUUGUAUGCAGGAAAUGGCCCUCGCUCUUACUCCUAUGAUACUAUUAGUGUUUAUAUAGUGUGUGUACCUCUUUCACGCAACUAUAUUUACAUACUUCACUAGAGCUAAUUGCUUUAUAUUUUUUCUCUCUCACACACACACAUACAUAAACACACAUAUAUAUGUAAUUUUUUUAAUAUUUGUAAUCUUCAACAAGUGUUGAAAUAACAUUUAAAAUCACUUUUAUAUUGUAUUUAUUUUACAGACUGGUCUAUUACAAGUGUGUGUAUAUAUUUAAUCGUUCUUAUGGGUUCACACUGGUGUGAAUUACCUUAAGCAUUUUUAGAGAAAAAUCUGUUUAUAAUUACGGAACGUAAAGUAAUUUAAGUUUUUAUAGUACAAAGACCAGAUGUGUAACGAAAGAAAAAGUACUGCAGCAUAAUGUUAAAAACAAUUUAAACAACUUUACCUGUUGAUUUAGAAUAUUUUUUUAAACUAAGAAAGUGAGUAAUCUUUUCCACUAUACAAACAUAUACAGUAUAAUAAAUAACAAAUGCUAAAUUAAUUUUUUUUUCUUUUUGGCCGGCUGAUGAAACAAUAUAAAGCUGUUGAAAAAUUGAAUUGUAAAUUUAAUUAAAUUAAUAAGUUUCUAAAUCACUUUUAAUCUAAUAGGUUCCAGUAUAAUUCCUUAAUUACUUUUAGGAGAGAUACAUAUUUAGGGAAGCUUGUUAACUGACAAAUAAGCAUCGCUCCUUACAUAUUUGCUCAUAUACAGAAAUACUAGUUUAUGAAUAUUAUAUAUUAACACAUUAUAAAUUACUCAAAAAUAUAAAUUAAUUUACAAACUUCAAUUUAUUCAUUAUGGAUUUAUCGUUUAUUUUUAUCUCUUUCAUUCACUAGAAAGAAAAAUAAAACAUUUCACCUUUGACAUUUCAGUUUUAACAGGUUAAAAAUCAUAUGCUUAAAGGAUCGAAUCUUCCUCAAAUUUCUGUUCAAUCAAUGCCAACCUGGGGCUACAAAUAAUUUACUUUGUUUUAUUUUCUAGAAAAAUGAUUGUUUAACAAAUGAAAAGGAAACCUUGUAUUUUUGAAAUCUUUUACCUUGUUAUUGUGGGUUGAGUGCACGGGGAUGCCUACUAGUUUUAUUUAUAUUCAUAAUCAUCAUUGGGGCAAGAGGCUCCCAUAUGUCCCAAAUCCUGCUGCUGUUAAGUGAAUGAUGGGAUCUCUUUCUCUCUCUCUCUCUCUCGUACCUUUCGGAACUUACCAUGGAUUGAUAAUUUGUAAACAAAACUGAAAAAAUAUAAUUUCUAUGUGAAAGUUAAACUAUAAAAGUCCUUUGAGGAAAUAUUUAAAGCUAUGGCACGAGCAUUUGGAAAAUUCUGGUUAUGGCUUAAAGAUCGGAAUAAAAAGUUCCAUAGAAGAUCUUGGGCCUACCCUGAGGAAUAUGAAACAGUCCACUACCACCCUGCUCCGGAUAUUGGGGCACCAGAUUUAAGACAAGAAGCAGAUGAAGAACGAAGAGGGAUUGCCAUAGUAGAACUCUAUAAAGCAGAAGGAUGUACGCUGGGAUUAACUAUAUCGGGUGGAGUGGACAAGAAUUGCCGGCCUCAAGUUUCAAAUCUUCGACCUGGCAGUAUUGCACACAGAUGCGAUGCUCUUGAAGUUGGCGAUUUCAUACUGUCUGUGAAUGGCAUUCGUACAUCAGCCUUGAAACAUGAAGAAAUAGUGAAUCUGCUGAAGAAUGCUGGAGAGCAAGUCAUACUAGAGGUGGAAUAUGAAGUUCCUGAAUCAGCUCUCCAGAGUGCCUUCUCCAUCCAGUGCAAGAGACAUGAAAUUGUUCUAGAGAAAGAAGGCAAUAGCUUUGGUUUCACUCUGAGAGGUGGCUUGUCUUUGGAACGAAUGAAAUCUCAUGCUUUAACCGUUACUUCUGUUCGAGCCGGAGGUCCAGCUGAUCGGGAUGGCCAUUUAAAGGCAGGUGAUCGAGUAAUUGCAAUCAAUGGAUUCAAUGUAGCACAUCUGAGUCUUUCAGAAACGAUGGCCAUGAUGCAGAAGUGUGAAUCUCGAUCAGCGUUCCUUGUCGAGUAUGAUGUUUCAGUGAUGGAUGCUGUCCAGAAUGCCACUGGUCCAUUAUUGGUUGAAAUUGAGAAAGUUCCAGGUGUGUCCAUUGGAAUUGGGCUUAGUCAUGUUACACAUAAUAACAAACGGUCAAUUAGCAUCGAAACUGUUGCACCCAUGGGAAUUGCAGACAGGAGUGGUGCUAUCCAUGUAGGUGACCAAAUCUUAUCCAUUGAUGGCGCAAGCGUGGAACGUAUGUCUCUGCCUGAAGCUAGUCAGCUUUUAAAGUCAGGUUCUGGGGACCAGGUGCGACUGGAAAUCAUUCCAAUAAGCCAUAUUCAACAGCGAGCAUCUAGGGAAGCAAUUGCUCGAAAAGCAUUAGUGCCUAUUUGUAUGCCAUCUUCCGUAUCAACGCCAACAUUGGCACUUCCUAGCAGUCCAUUUGGCACCCUUCACAAUUACAGUACCAUACGAUCAUCAGGGUCAUGUGGGCGAUCUUCUGGCACUUUGCCUUCUAGAAUUUCCAACCAAUCCAAUUCACAUCGUUCUUGGUCGAGACCAGACCGGAAGCAAGCAUCAUGUAUGUCAGUUGCAUCAACUGUAACAUCUGUGAUGCCAAACAACCAAAUUUGUCAUACAGAAGUCGUGGAAGUCAUUCUAUAUCAUGACCAUCGAGGUCCAGGCAUAACUCUCAGUGGUGGGAUCUUCUCUACCACUGUACUAACUGAGCCACCUGUCAUUUCCUAUGUGGAACCUGGUAGUGCUGCUGACAGGAGUGGCGUUAUCCAAGAAGGUGAUCGGAUUAUAUCCAUUAAUGGUCAAGAACUUGUGGAUAAAACAUUCGAUGAAGCAAAUACAUUGUUAAAAGAGUCUGGAACACGGUGUUUAUUGGAAAUAGAGUUUGAUGUCACGGAAUCUGUUCUUCCAAGUUCUGGAACAUUUGUUGUCAAAUUACCUCGAAGAUCAUAUGGCCUAGGAAUCACUGUCAAUGCACCAAACAAUCGCAAACCUACCGAUCCAUUAAUAAUUACAGAUGUCAGGCGUGGAAGUGUGGCAAACAGAUGUGGUUCUAUACAGCCAAGUGAUAAACUUUUAGCCAUCAAUGAUAUUCGAAUGGAGCCUUGUUGUGCAGAUGAGGCUGCUAAUUUGUUGGAGACUGCAGAUGAUAUCAUUGUACUAAAACUUCGAAGAGACGAUCCAUAUGGAGAUGAAGAUUCUGAAGACUGUGUGACAUAUACUGUUGAGUUACAGAAACGUGGUGGAAUUCUUGGAAUUACAAUAUCUGGCACUGAUAAUCCUAUGGAUCCUAUUACCAUUUCUGGUUUAACAGAAGGUGGAUUAGCAGAAAGAACUGGUGCCAUCCAUGUUGGAGACAAGCUUCUGGCAAUUAAUGGCAACACAACCAGAGGAUGUAAUUUGUCUGAAGCUAUAAACAUGUUGCAGCUUGCUGGAGAUUUAGUGACGUUAAAAAUCUCUCGAACUGUAGAAAAAACUACAACAAAGAAAAGGUUUGAAAAUGGCAAGAGAGGUUAUUCCUUUCAUGCCACUGAAAUCAUCAGGCAAGAACUGUCUUCUUUCGGUAUUCAGCAAGCGUCACCACUGCGCCACCAAGUAACUCAUCAACUUCCACCUCCUCCACCUCACCAUCUUCGUCAGUUGUCACGACAGCCUGCUCGAUGCCGCCGGCCAAUCUCUUCGGCCUUGGCACUGACGUCGGCAUCAGCAAGCCAGAGGAACAGUCGUGGUAGCCACUACAGACAUUCGGAUGAGACUUGUUCAGUCAAUAGCUUCAAAUACCAAUCUUACCAAACCAACACAGAAAACAGACCAAAAGGUGUUGAACGUGAAGAUUAUUCCCACAAAACUGCUACUCCCAUUCCAAGUGUGGACAGUGCUUUGGAGUCUUGGGGAAGUUCUGGGUUAGAGAGUUUCAAUCAGAAUUCAAAUAUACAUACCGUUCUUGUGACCAAAAAUGGCAGCAGCAGCAUAAACCACAGUCCAGAUAAAUCAGCCACAUUACCAGCUGAUUUCCGCAGUUAUCCAGAUUCCAUAGAGUCAUCUUCAGAGGCAGACGGUAGCAUGGAAGGCAACUCUACCCAUCACCACUACACUGAUGAUGGAUGGCAGGACAAUGAGAGCAACCAAAGUUACGAGGACAGCAGUGAUAACGAGAAGGCUGACGAAUGGUCAAGGACAUGCGAUGACCUUGAAAACACUGACACCUCAGAGAUGCUACGACAGAUAGGCGCAAGUCUUAGGCAAAGGAGCGUUGCGAGUCUACAUAAGAUACGAUCCCGUGAAGGGAGACGGAAACCAAAGAAAAGCAACUGCCACUGUGCCCAGGGCAACGAUAGUAACAUCAACACCAAUUGCCACAAUACUAGUAAAGUAGCUUCAUCUCAUACAAACACAUGUACCGAUUUAGUACCAGCGACAUUCGAUGAGCAGGUACAAACCAUUUUUUCCCCUACCCCAAUUGAACUUCACAAGUUUACGAUCGUUAAAGAAAAUGCCACAGAAGAUUUCGGUUUCAGCUUAUCAGAAGGAAUGUAUGAAAAGGGAGUGUAUAUCAGCGCUAUUAGGCCUGGAAGUCUGGCAGAGAAAUCUGGUCUCUUGCAAUAUGACCGGAUUCUUCAGGUGAAUAAUGUGAAAACUCGAGAUUUUGAUUGCCGUCUUGUAGUACCAGUUAUUGCUGAGGCUGGCAGCUAUCUAGAGUUGGUUGUAAGCCGAAAUCCUCUGGCAGACGCAUCAAAUGAAGGGAGAGCUUAUAUGUUAAAUAAUAAGAAACCUUUGAAAUCUUUAUGAAAUAUAAGAAAAGACUAAUUCUAUACCAAUUUUCAAGGUUUCAGUUUUCAUGCCCUCAUUUUUUUAAAACAUGAAAUUCAUUGAGCUUGCUAUGAGAUUUUUGGGAUUAAUCUGUGUGUCUCAUACUUUGUACUCCAGGAAUAUACCGGAAACAAUCUAAUUUUCAAACCCAGCAAAGAAAAUGUUUUAGAUUGCUAAGUAAAUGUGAUACAAGCGUGUGUACUGGAUUAAUCUACACCAUACUAAAUAUAUUGUAUCAUUGCUAAGUAAACAUCUGUCAAAACGAGGAAGGGAAUAUGUGAGAUAAUCUUACAUAUAUGUUACUUAACAAACAUCCCCGAGAGAGAACGAGAGAGAGAAGUGUGUGUUAUUGUUGUUUGUUUUGUUUAUUUUUUUUAAUUUUAUAAAAAAAAUUAUUUAUUCAUCAUUUGCCGUUUGGUGAACGUUUAAAGAAAUGAUUUUACAGGAAUCAAUCAAAGGAAGAAAUGAAGACAAGAUUUUUUUUUUUUUUUUUAAUCUUGUAAGAGCAGCAGUAAAUCAUGUACAGUAAUUAAGACCAGAGUUAAUUGACUUUGAAAGUAGCAAUAGAAGAGACGGUGCUUACAAGCUAAUGACUUAACCAAACUUUCUACACCAGUAUUUUUUCAUAUUCAUGUGGGACACUACAUGAGUGUGAAAAUUGCUUAACUCUUUUGGUACCAAUCCAACUGAGACUGUCCUUGGUUCUUUGAUAUAAUCUUCCUGUUUUAAAGUGAUAUAAAUUAAAACCUUCCAUUGAAAUUUCAUGUUAAUUUAUGUUCCUAACUCCAGCUUAAUAAUGACAAAUUUAUUUGAAUAAAUUUGUAGUGGCGCGAAAUUAUAGCCGCCAUUGAGGAAGUACUAUUCUGCGCAU